AGCACCAAACAUAACCAUGAGUUCCAGUAAAAUAAUACGAAUUUGUAAUUCAUCGAGGAAAAAAACAAUCAUCAAAACCUAUCCAAAAGUUACUUACUUGAUUGAAAAAGCACAACGUUAUUUUCAUGAGGAUUUUUCACGGAUAGUAUUAGAAGAUGACGGUUCAACCAUUCUAGAUGACGAAGUAGUGGACGCAUGCGCUGAUGGAGGGUUGUUAUUGAUGCUACUAAAUGACAAUGAAUGUUGGAAACCACCAAAAUCACCGAGCUUAGUUACUGCAUCGGCUCCGUCGACAUUUGAUAUAUAUGAUGACGUUCAAAUUGUGAACCUGCAAAACGACAUCGAGUCAAAUGCUCCAACAUCAGAUGGGACGAAUCCAUCCACUUCUAAUGUUCCGGUUGAACCUUUCGAAAGUGCACCAAAAUUUAUAUCAAGUAACUGUUUGGAAACAAUAGAUAAAGCACCGCCAUCGAGCACGACGCAGUAUUUCUUGUCAUCGAAUAACCAUUCAAUUUUGGACCACCAGUGUGAUGUUUUCCCACCUUCACGUGCCUUAAAACGAUCAUUCGAUGUAAUAGAAAACGAACCGAACGAGUCUACAGAAAUACAAACCAAUCCUGUCUUAUUAGUUGCUAAAAAUCGGAAAACAAGCCGAAUUGAUGCGUCUACAACACUACUGCUUUCCCAGUUUGAAAUCGACUGGUCAAUCAUCCCAUUCGACAUCAUAAGUCAAUUAGAAAACACGACGGAAAGUGUUUUGAAUGAAACGGAUUAUAACAGAUUCGUUGAUCACAUUGUUGGACAAACACGUAAUAUAACGACAUCAACUCCUCUUUCCGUAUACAGACAAAUAGCUCAAGUUAUUGUGAAUAAGUAUAAUUUUUUCAUUGAUGUCGAUGACGAUGGAAUAAUAAUUGGGAAUGGUUGUAGCAGUUUAAUAGAAAAAUUGAAGAACAGGAAUUCAUAUUUGAACCGUGCUCAUAAAAGUGGCCAUCACAACAAGAAUCUGAAAUUAGGAGACGAUCCUAUGAGACAAUGCCGAAUCGGCAUUAGAGAUAAUUACUAUUUUACCGGAGAACCGCAUGUACCAAAAAGUUGCUUGCAAAAGCUUUUAAAAAAUAUAGGCUGGGAUAUGGAUCUACUAACAUCAUCGAAAUCGUAUAUCCGCUUCAAGAUGGAUUCUAGUUCAAUUAAUGAUUUGAUGGACAACUUUCCGAUUUUGAGAAGAAAAGCAUUUCUUGAAUAUCAUUUUUUCGAGGCCACUGGAGUUGAAGCUGAAAAUUUCAAAAACAAUUUCCUAGAAAAACGAGACAGAAUUAUUAGUUUGUCACAAACGUACCGAAACAAAUCCCUACACAUCCAGAAUUCCGCUGACGAUAAAUGUGUGUUUUCGGGAAUCGCAAGACUUCUUAAAGAAGAGUUGACAGAAAUAAUUCAUGAAGUAGAGGCAGAUGAUACUGAAGAGACGAUAGUCAAACAAUACCCAAUAAUUGUUGCAAUAGUACUACUCAUCAUUGUUUUCCCAGUACUAACGGUUUCGUCUAUCAUUUAAUGCGAAGAAUAGUGAACUUGGAAAUGGCUUAAUAAAUGAUAGAGAGAAAAGUAAACUAAGAGAAGCUGUCGCUUGAAUUUUGGUUCAACUCAGCAAUUUUUCAUACAUGCACAGGGUCACAGAAUUAGCGAAAAUUUUUGCAGCUUUGCUUCAGCCGUUCAAUUUUUAAUUAUAACAUACUUUAUUUACUAUUAUUUCUAUCCAACAAAUUUUUCCAAAACUUUGGAAUUCCUGCAGAUUUACUUUUUUAAAUUAGUACCAAAUAAAGGGACUCGAUCAAGAGCCACCAUUGUAGGGCAGCAGCAGCGCAUGGUCCGCACAUUAUUGGUGAAGCUUGCCAAACUUAAAAACUAGAUACCUUGUAUUUGCAAUUAAAAAAACUAUUAUUUGAAAUGUAAGAAAAAUAAACUUAAGUUUGUUCUUUAUA